GGCGCAACAAGAUCUUCUGGUUAGAGUAUCCAUUUUGAUCACAUGUGAGUAUCUCGAGCUGUUCUCGAUUUCGGUGAAAACUAAUGGUGCUAAUUGUCUGAACGAGCGAAGGAAAGUUAAGAAUUCGACAGUGAAACACCAACUGACCUACACAAUCUACAAUGGCAGACAUUGAGGAUACUCACUUUGAGACUGGUGACUCUGGUGCAUCAGUAACAUAUCCUAUGCAAUGUUCUGCACUGCGUAAAAAUGGUUUUGUCAUGUUAAAAUCUCGACCCUGCAAAAUUGUGGAAAUGUCAACUUCCAAGACUGGAAAACAUGGUCAUGCCAAGGUUCACCUUGUAGGUAUUGACAUAUUUACCUCAAAGAAAUAUGAAGAUAUUUGCCCUUCUACACACAAUAUGGAUGUGCCGUUUGUUAAGCGAGAAGAUUACCAGCUGACAGAUAUAUCUGACGAUGGCUACUUAUGUCUGAUGGCUGAUAAUGGAGAUCUCCGUGAAGAUCUUAAAAUACCAGAUGGUGAAUUAGGAGCUCAAUUACGUGCUGAUUUUGAGGCUGGAAAAGAAUUACUUUGCACCGUAUUAAAAGCUUGUGGCGAAGAGGUGGUAAUUGCCAUCAAAACCAACACUGCCCUCGACAAAUAAUUGUGUUCAGUUUUAAUCGUACACAACCAAACUAUCCGCUUAGCCAAUCGACACCUUAUCAUUGGUAAAAAAAACAUAAGUCCACAGUUCCAACCAACAGCAGUUCAGCAGCGGACAAAAACAUCUUUUUAUCAAAGUAACAUCUACUUACUUACUAAUAUUCAAAACAAAACACAUGCUAAAGUUUCUAAGCAAUGUAAGACAAGAAGAAUUGGGUUUAUGGAAUUCGCAAUACCCAGUUUUAGACAUACACAAUUGCAUACACACACAGGCACACACAUACGUUGUUUGUUAUACAAAAGAUACAACUUUUCAACAAAGAGUUGAUUAAGAAAUAAAAAUUGAAAAAAGCCUUUA